UGAGGUCAGUGUGUCCAAGAUAUAGCCUACACACAACACAACACCAUAAGCUUAUUCCUAGCAGCAGCUGCUUCUCCUCUCCUAAAUUUCUCCUUGCCUUCCACUCUUUAUUCUUCCCUUCUCUUCUCUUCUCUUCUCUUGUUCUUCCGCCAUUAAUGAAAUAAGAGACUAGAUUUUCUUUCUUUCUGGUUGGUUGGCUGGCGUUGGAGUGUGGGAAUGAAAGGAACAGUGAAGUACUUGGCAGGAAUUGCAGGCCCAACUGGGUUCGGCUCCAAAUCAACAGCCCAACAAGUCACCCAACACUAUCUCCCUCCUCCUCCUUCUCCUUCUUCUUCCUCACCAACUCCUUUGACAGCCAUCAUCACUGGGGCGACAUCAGGGAUAGGAGAGGAGACAGCAACAGUGCUGGCCAAGAGCGGGGUCAGAGUCGUGAUUGCAGCCAGAGACGUGAACAAAGCUGCCCGCCUGAAACAGAGCAUUCUCCAUCUUUCUCCUGAUGCACAGAUCGUGGUGCUGGAGCUGGACUUGAGCUCUUUCGCCUCCGUCGCUUCUUUCUGUCGCCGGUUCCUCUCCCUUGGCCUCCCGCUCCACAUUCUCAUAAACAAUGCUGGGAUUUUCUCUCAUGGGUUGGAGUUCUCCGAGGACAAAAUCGAGAUGACAUUCGCUACGAAUUACUUGGGGCAUUUCUUGCUGACAGAGUUGCUGCUGGAGAAGAUGGAGGAAACAGCGCGAGAAAGCGGGAUGCACGGCAGGAUCAUCAACCUUUCCUCAGCGAUCCACAGCUGGGUGAAAAGAGACUCCUCCUCCUCCUUCCAAAACAUGCUCAACCCAACCAACAGCAGCAGCAGCUAUAAUGGGACACGUGCUUAUGCUCAGACCAAGCUGGCUGCCAUUCUGCAUGCCAAGGAGCUCUCCAGACAACUCAAGGCAAGAAAUGCAAAAGUGACGGUGAAUGCAGUACAUCCAGGCAUUAUCAAGACUGGCAUCAUCAGAGACCACAAGGGUCUCAUCACAGGUCCCUCUCUCUCCUCCCUUUAUAUACACACACGAAACAUUUGUACUACGUUUCGUAGUACAUGCUAACAUCGUCGGAUUGUCCUGCGUAUUUGUGUCUAGUCCUCACUAGGCAAUCUAACGACAUCAACACGUGAUGAAUGAUGCAUCAGCAUAACAACACAUUUUCUUCUCCUAGCUAUCCCUGAAACGUGAAACCAUCUUACUGAAUCCUCCAAAAAUUGCAGAUUCAGUAUAUUUCAUAGCCUCCAAGCUGUUGAAAUCUGUAUCACAGGGCGCAGCAACCACAUGCUAUGUAGCUCUGAGUCCUCAAAUAGAAGGAGUUGGAGGGAAGUACUUUGCAGACUGCAAUGAGAGCAACUGCUCAGCUUUGGGGAAUGAUGGAGGUGAAGCCCUCCAGCUGUGGGAACACACUCGUGCAUUCAUCCACACAAGGCUGCUGCUUCAACCCACCACCUCCACUUCCUUCAGAUAACAGGGCUGGUUCACUUUUGCUGCUGCUUCUGGGGAUUAUAUCUCUUUGUAAAUUAUGGAAAAAGGGGUUGGGAAUGGGAUGAAUAAGGUACCAUUACAAAGUUAGUGAUUGUAUAAAAUGUCCCAACAUAGGUAAAUAAAAAAAGUUUGUUAAGUAUUGACAAAGAUAUCGACAACGCAAUUGAAAGUUUGUAGUAUAGUAAAUUCAUCAAGUAUGAUGUUGUACAAUA